AGUUUCGUUUCAUUACUUGUCAGUAAAACAUCGUUUCUGAUAAGAAAAGAAAAUGAACAGAAACAUUUAUUUAAUACUCAUUUUAGUAUUGUUUUCUUCUUUAGCGGAAGUUUCUUCAAGAAAAACAAAAUGUGAACUUGACUGUACAAGAGUUCUUUGUGAAGGCCCACCUUACCCUGCUUGUAAAGGAGUGGAAGUUCCCGGACAGUGUUGUCGUGAUUACUCCAAUUGCGAAGUCUGUUCUGAACCUAUGCCCGAUUGUAGGGUUGUAAGGUGUGCAGGGCCACCACGAGAUGGUAUCAGCAAUUGUGAAGCCAUUUAUCGCCCUUGUCAGUGUUGUCCUGACUUCUCACACUGUUGUGCUACUGUAUCAUGUCCGGCACCUCCCCGAGGAUGUGAACCAAGAUUCAAUCCUUCCCAAUGCUGUCCCGAUAUAAGACAUUGCAAAUAGGAAUAAAUUUUGAAUGAAACGAAAUAAAAAUUUUUAUUGAGAAGACAAAAAUCAAAAUUUAGUUGAUCAUUUCAAAUUUAAAUUGAUAUUUAAAAAGACAAUUUCUAUGAACAGUUUUGUAGGUUUCAGCAAAAUGAAAGGUUUGUGAACGUGGCUUAAAAUUUUCUCAACACAAUCAAAAAUUGGUUUUAAUAGUAUUUUGAGUAUUGUAACAAUACAACUU